AUGUUCCGGAGUAUUUUGCCUCGUGCCAGGAAAAGGUCGAAACCAGCGGAAGCCGGCGUUCCCAGGCAUGAAGAGGUGAAGUUUGAGGAUAUCAGGCUGUACCUGGUGGAGAGGAAAAUGGGCAGCAGCAGGAGAGGUUUUCUGACCCAGCUGGCCAGGUCAAAAGGCUUUAUCGUGGAAGACAUUCUCAGCAAUGACGUCACCCACGUGGUAUCGGAGGACAACCAGCCUUCACCUCUGUGGACGUGGUUAAGGGGGCGUGGCUUGAAGGAUCUUCCCAGAAUGCACGUUGUGGACAUCAGCUGGUUUACAGAAAGCAUGAGAGCGUCUAGACCUGUUGCUGUGGAGACCAGGCAUCGAAUUCAGGACACCUUUCCGACGGCGGCCACUCAUGUGGUCACGGUGUCUCAAUACGCCUGCCAGAGACGGACAACGACAGAAAACAAAAACAAAAUUUUCACAGAUGCCUUUGAGGUGCUGGUGGACAACUACGAUUUCAAUGAGGUCACAGGUCCGAGCCUGGCCUUCAGCCGAGCGGCGUCCGUCCUGAAGAGUCUACCCUGGACGGUGCAGAGUCUGGACACCACCCACAACCUGCCCUGCCUCGGGGAACACACCAAAGCAGUCAUGGAGGAGAUCCUUCGGUAUGGCCGCUCAUUUGAAGUCGAGAAAAUACUGGCGGAUGAAAGGUAUCAAACGCUAAAGCUGUUCACAAGUGUGUUUGGGGUCGGACCUAAGACGGCGGAGAAGUGGUACCGCAGAGGGCUACGCUCAUUCAGCCACGUUCUGACAGAUCCCAGCAUUCAUCUAAACCGGAUGCAGCGAAGUGGUUUUCUGCAUUAUGGAGACAUCUCCAGGGCUGUCAGUAAAGCUGAGGCCCGAGCCCUGGGGAACAUUAUUGACGAAGCUGCCCAUGCGAUCACACCCGACGCCGUUCUAGCACUGACAGGUGGCUUUCGCAGGGGGAAGGAGUUCGGGCAUGAUGUAGACUUUAUUGUGACCACACCUGAACUGGGGAAGGAGGAGAGUCUAUUACCCAUCAUUAUUGACAGACUGAAACAGCAAGGCAUUCUGCUCUUCUCAGACUACCACCCCUCCACCUUCGAUGCAACCAGACCCCCCAGUCGUAGCUUUGAGGCCAUGGACCACUUUGCAAAGUGUUUUCUGAUCCUGCGUUUGGACGGCGGCCAGGUGGAGGGAGGUCACAGCGCUGUGGAGGAUCGCAGAGGCUGGAGGGCGGUGCGAGUGGACCUGGUCUCACCGCCAUGGAUCGUUUCGCCUUUACCCUCGGGCUGGACGGGCUCCAGGCAAUUUGAGAGAGAUUUGAGGAGGUUGGCCCGACUGGAGAGGCGGAUGCUCCUGGACCACGCCCUGUUCGACAAAACCAAGAAAGAGUUCCUGGCAGCUGUGACCGAAAAGGACAUCUUUGCCCAUCUGGGUCUGGAGUACAUCGAGCCUUGGCAGAGAAAUGCGUAGGCCUACACUCCUCCCAGGCUGGAUGAUACCCUAUGCAUACAUCAGUGUUUAUCCCAUCUGCUUUCCUCUCUUCAUUUCUCCUGUGAUUCACUUUCUGACAGCUUUUGAUUUCCAUACACUUUUGUGCUGUUAUUGUUUUUGCGGCGUGGAUUACAU